AUGAGCCAAACUACACAAAGAGCCUUCGUGGUCGAACACCUCGACCCCGAAUUGGGCCCAUGGUCCGCCCUUGAGUACGGAUGCAUCGCUCGCGAAUCCCAUGAUCGUGGCGCCCGAUUCCUGCUCAGUUCCGUGCCCGCAGAGCUGCAGAUGCCCGCCGACCUGGCGGCCACCCCAGGCCUCGAGGUGGAACAGCGCAGUGUGGAAGAUAUCUUUGCUGACAAGAAGGAGCGUGUUUGUCUGCUGGACCCCGCUGCUCAGGUUGAGUUGAGCCCCGAGGACGGUGAUAACUUUGAUGUCUUUCUCUUUGGCGGUAUUCUCGGCGAUGAUCCUCCUCGCGAUCGCACCUCAGAAUUGAGGAAGAAGGGCUAUGUUGGCCGCCGCCUGGGACCUAAGCAGAUGACGACCGACACAGCGGUGCGUGUCACUCGUCUUGUCGUGCAUGAAAAGGUCCCCCUGGAACAAAUCUCCUACGUCGACUACCCAGAAAUCCUGAUCAACGAGCACGAACGGACUGAGAUGCCGUUCCGCUACGUGAAAGAUGCCGCUGGCCAGCCAAUCAUGCCUCCGGUGAGGAUGGUGGAUCUGAUUAAGAAGGACGCCGACAAGUCCAUCGAUCUAUUCUAA